AUGCAUCAAUUAAUUCGCUUCGAGAUGGUUUGGGCUGUUAACAACUCGGUCUGCCCAACGGAUAUCCCCGAGACCUGCGACGAGUGCCCAGAGGGCAAGUACAUCGUCCCGAACCCCUGCGAGUGCGUAGACUGCAUUGGCGAAACGCGCAGGCGCCGCUCCAUAGAGUGCACUUCCUGCCCAGCUCCCUUACUGCCCUGCUGGGACCCCAAUUCAGACGAUUGCUGCGAUCCUUACAUCCCCAAGGCUCUAGACACCCCAUCCAGUAACACCACUCUUCCUGUACAUGUCGCGUAUGACACGUGUACGCAGUUCUCUCUGGGCGACAGCAUCACCAUCUCUGGAAGAUUAUCGAGUGACCCGUCUACAAGUGUCACGCACACGACAGUCAUCAUUGGAAUUUCGCAGAUUACUGGGGGAUACGAACUCGAUCUUAACGACCCGCUCCCAGGAACAUUUCAAUACGACGCGACGGUUCAGCAGACUUGCACUUCCACCGACGGGACUCAGGUGAGCAGCGCAUUCUCUCCCUUUUCUGGCACAGGUGGUUGUUGCUGCGCAUGUGGCACUGAUUGCUGCGAGACAACUGAGGUAUGCACGCUGUACCCCAACGGCACCGGCGAAUGUUCCAAUGCUGGCCCAUAUCCCGAGUUCUCGACUCCAGCCCCGACCGUCGGGGCCAAGGGCGACCCGCACUUGGUCAACCUUCAAGGAGAGCACUUCGACAUCAACCACGAAGGCACGUUCACACUGCUCCGCUUCCCACAGGCUGCCGAGAAGCCGGCCGAGUUCUCUUUCCAAGCAGUCGUCCAGCCGGACGUGGGGAAGCCGUGCACCACGUACAUUACGCAUGUGGAGUUUUCGGGCGCCUGGCUCGGCGGUAAGUCCGUGGAGAUUCGUUGCUAUCGCAAGUCGCAUUCGAAUGACACCGACGCCUUCCUCGGUGCCCGCCUGCUCGAGGGCAAGAGCGAUGCCCCCUGGCAGACCAUCGAGGAGUUCGAGACGGAAGGCCUUGUGCUCGCCGACUCGGAAUCGGACGUCAAGGUUUCGAUAGAUAAGGCGACCUGGUUCCCCAAGAAGCGCUCAAAGAUGGGGCCGAUUGCGGCUGGUAUGUUCACCCUUUCUCUGCACCACAAGAAAAGCCUGACUAGCGCCAAGAUCACCAUGCGCCAGGACUUGCCCGAGCAGGAGCACCUCAACGUGGCAGUGCGGCAGUUAUCCCAACUUGGCCGCGUGGAUGUCGGCGGCCUACUCGGCUUCGACGUACACCCAGAGAGCCUCGAACGCCCCUCUGCCGCGUGCAUCCAUCACAGAGCCACGGCGCGCUACCGCAUCGAGAGCCAGGACGACGCGGACCACGGCUACUAUUUCCGGCCCGUGUGGAAGGACCGGUGGGACAAGGCUCGCACAGGGGGGCGCUCUCAGGACAACGAGGCGGCCGCCAGCUUGAUGGGCAGAUUCGAUGGCAAUGCUGGCCAGGGUAGCAUGAUGUGCAAGUGCCCGAGCGAUCCGCACGGUAGCGCCAUUGGCAGCAGCGAAGGAGUACUCGUCGAGGAGGCGAGCUUCAUGUUAGCCAAGGCGUCUUGGGAUUAG